UCCUGAAUAAUUUUUUGGUUUUUUCGCUCGAAAGUUGCUACUAUAAUCUAUACUUCUAUGUUAAAUUUGCAGGAUUUCUAGUCCUUUUGGAGGGGUAAUGCAUUUGGAUUAUGCAUUAAUCAUAUGCAUUAAUCAUUAAUGCAAAUGUUUCGAGGCGUUGAAGUGUAUCGAUGAAACUGCACUUUGCCUUGUGGUUUGACAAGGAAUUUUCGCUGCAAAGAUGUCUGCAGAUUCCACUACGGGUACUACGAGCUCGGACAGCCGCAGUCCGAAGCUGAUUAACACAUCGGUAAUCGUUAAGGAUUUCCUAAAAAGUCAUGGUCUGGAGAAGCUGCAUCUGGAUUCCUACAACAAUUUUAUUAACGUGCGUAUGCCGGAGAUUCUGCGUGCUAAUCGACGCGUAACCAGUGAUGCAGACUCGAGUUGGUAUUUGGAGUAUGACGGAAUACGCGUUGGACAGCCACAGGUUGAAGAUGGUCUGGGCCCUGUAAAAGCUACUUCCCCUAAUGAGUGCCGUCUGCGGAAUCUCACUUACUCCGCGCCGAUUCUCGUGGAUAUUCGCUACAUUUUGCAGGGUAAAGAAGAGCGAAAGGAAAAUGUUUUAAUUGGUAAAAUUCCCGUAAUGCUACGGAGUCAGCUGUGUGUUCUGUACGGGAAAAGUGAGGAAGAGUUGAUGAAACUGAAAGAGUGCCCGCUGGAUCCCGGCGGAUAUUUUAUUGCCAAAGGAAGCGAAAAAGCUGUGCUGAUGCAAGAGCAGAUGAUGAACGACCGAAUCGUCUGUGAAUUUAAUCCAAAAAAAGAGCUGACGUGUUUCGUCAUCAGUUUUUCACAAGAUCACAAAACGCGGACGACCGUGGUCAAGAAAAAAGGAUGCUAUUAUGUGCGCUUCAACAUGUUCCGAGAGGACAUUCCAGUACUGAUGAUUUUUGCCGCAAUGGGAAUACACUAUCUGGACAUGGCGUUGGGAUGGAUCGGGCGAGAACACUUCGUUUUGGAAAAAUUCACCCUGUCUGUUGAUGAAUUUCUUUGUUUGGAUAUUAGUAAGAAAGAAGAAGCGCUGCAAUACUUAGCCGCUAAACUGAAAACGGGCAUCGUUAGUUGGGGAUUGAAGCGGCCGAAGACAGCGGAAGUUAUGCAGAUCUUGGUCGGAACGCUUAUCAGUCAUGUUCCCGUUAUCAAUGGAUGCUUUGACGAUAAAGCCGCGUUUCUGAGUUACAUGGUACGGCGGUGUAUUCUAGCGGAGAAGGAUCCCCGUUUGCUGGACGACCGAGAUCAUUUUGGCGUCAAACGUCUGCAACUGGCUGGGAAUAUUCUGGCAUUUGUGUUUGAAGAUGUGAUAAAAACGCUCAAUACUGAAAUUAAGAAGCGCGCAGAUCACCAUCUGAAAACGCGCGCCCGAGUUAGCCCAUAUGAUCCGACAACAAGUAUACGAGCCGACCUGGUGAGCAAAGGAUUUAAUUAUUUCCUCGAUACCGGCAAUUUGAACAUUCGCCGUUUCAAGAUUAACCGUGUCGGCGUUGCGCAAGUAUUGGUGCGGUUAUCUUACGUAUCUGCGGUGGGAAUGAUGUCUCGUCUGCAGAGUCAGUUCGAAAAAAGUCGGAAGGUUAGCGGACCGCGAUCCAUUCAAGCUAGCCAGUAUGGAAUCGUGUGCCCAUCCGAUACGCCGGAAGGUGAAGGCUGUGGUUUGACCAAAAAUCUGGCUUUGCUGUGUGAUUUGACCGUGGAGUCGCCGGAGGAUCAGAUACGAAAACUCUUAUCGUGUGUUGCUACCAGGACACCUCAAGAACUUGCCGCAUCACCUUGGACGUAUCCGAAGGGAGAUGUGUAUACGAUAUUCGUUAACGGAAGCAUUUUCGGGUUUACUAAAAAUCACUUCCAUGUGCACAAAUCUGUCAAGCAAGCUCGACGAUUGGGCAAAAUUGAUAAGUUUAUAUCAGCUGCCGUAAGUGAUCUGCAUCGUACCGUAACAUUUGCCACCGACGGCGGCCGAAUGUGCAGACCAUACUUUAUUGUGGAAGGAGGACGAUUGUUAAUGCAGCAGAAAUAUGUUGAUGCCGUACGGGAUGGAUACUUGAACUUUGACGAUCUGGUUAAAGAAGGAGCAGUUGAAUAUCUGGAUGUUAACGAACUAAAUGACAGUCUUAUUGCUCUUGAUGAAUCUGAGAUCAGUGAACAGACGACGCACAUGGAAAUUGCUCCCUUUUCCAUUUUGGGCGUUGUGGCGGGAACUAUACCUUUUCCCCAUCAUAAUCAAAGCCCUCGAAACACUUACCAGUGUGCUAUGGGCAAGCAGGCUAUUGGAGCCAUCGCUUUGAAUCAGACGAGUCGUAUUGACACUGUUCUGCAGUGCUCAUGGAAUCCUCAGCGUCCUCUGGUCCAGUCAAAAAGCUAUGGAAUUACCUCUUUUGACCAGUUACCUGCUGGACAAAACGCUAUUGUGGCCAUGGUUUCGUAUUCUGCAUACGACAUUGAGGACGCGAUAAUACUAAACAAAGCUUCUUUGGAACGAGGAUAUCAGCGCUGUACAGUUUACCGUAAACAUCAAACGCUUUUGCGAGCACUGGACACGGAGAAAGAAAGCCUAUUCCCUCCGCGAGUCAAUCAGUCAACCGGCGAAAUUUUCCCGUCCGACAAGAAGCUGGAUAAAGAUGGUUUGAUUGUUAUUGGGGAAACUGUGGAACGUGGCGACGUUAUGAUUAAUAAAUACGUACCGGUGGGCGCAGCCCAGCCCACUGAUUUAUCGGUGAAUCCGUUGGGUGGACCGAAUCGGAGCAUAGCCAGAGAUAAACCGGAACCCGUUCGUUUUCAAGAGCCCAAUAAAUGUCAUAUCGAUAAAAUCAUGAUCUCUCAGAGUGAACGUGAACAGCUGAUUAAAGUGCGGACAUCGCAAACGAGGAUUCCGGAGAUUGGGGAUAAAUUUAGUAGUCGCCAUGGACAGAAAGGAGUGUGUGGAUUAAUUGUACCGGAGGAAGAUAUGCCUUUCACCAUGAGCGGUAUUCGACCGGAUGCCAUUAUGAAUCCUCACGGUAUUCCCAGUCGCAUGACUGUUGGAUUGCUAAGGGAGUUGAUGGGGAGUAAGGCAGGCGCUAUUGUCGGCAAAAUCUUUGAUGGGUCAGCCUUUGGGGAAGAUAGGCUGGAGGAAAUGUGCCAGAUUAUGGAAAAAGCUGGCUUUGAUCGGUCGGGCAAAGAAAUUCUUACAGACGGAGUAACCGGCAAAAUGCUGGAGGCGUACAUUUUUAUUGGACCAUUUUUCUAUCAGCGAUUGAAACACAUGGUAAUCGACAAGAUUCAUGCACGUUCCAAAGGACCUCGGCAGUCUUUGACUAGACAACCGACGGAAGGAAGAGCACGGGAUGGUGGUUUACGUAUGGGAGAAAUGGAGAGAGACUGUAUGAUUGCUCACGGUGUAUCCGCUCUGCUCAACGAACGGCUCAUGCUGGCCAGUGACGAGUGCGAAGUGCUGAUUUGCGAUACAUGUGGAUUAUUUGUAUGGAAGGAAACCUGCACGUCAUGUCGGCAGUCAGGAAAAAUAUCUGCCGUGCGGAUGCCUUACGCGUGUAAACUGCUUUUUCAGGAGUUAAUCAGUAUGAAUAUUGCUCCGCGAAUGAAAGUUUCUUCUGUAAAUGGAUGAGUUUAAGCAGUUUUCUUAGAAUCUUAAUGGCAACGACGUUUUUGUGAUAAUAUAUGAUAGUAAAAACAGUGCUUAAGAUAUUCUCUAAUCAGCUAGUUGAUCUUUGGAUGCAGCAUUGCAGUAGUCGCUUGGGCAGAAACAAUAACGCUCUUUGAUGGAAAUUGUCAAGUUG